CUUCCUUCCUUCCUUCCUUUGCGGCUCACCAAUUGGGCUCUCCUUUCUCUUUUCGUUCGUCCUCGGUGAAUCCACUCGCUUCCCCUACCCACUCCCACUCUUUUUAUAUCUCUCCCCCUAAGCCACGACCCUGUCACCCAGACUUAAGUACCCCCCUAGAGAGAGAGAGAGAGAGAGAGAGAGAGAGUGAGAGUGAGAGAAGGGGAAAACAGAGGGCAGAAAACAGAGGAGUGUUUUUCGUAGCUUUGGCUUUGAGUGAAAAGAGAGGAUGAGGCAGGGACUGGAGGGUGCGGGCGCCCUCUUCCUGUGCGCGUGCGUCGCUUUUCUCGCCAUUGCAGGAGCCGAGGACCCCUACAGGUUCUUCAACUGGAAUGUCACUUACGGCGACAUUUACCCGCUCGGCGUUCGCCAGCAGGGCAUACUCAUCAAUGGACAAUUCCCGGGUCCCGACAUCUACUCCGUCACCAACGACAACCUUAUCAUCAACGUCAUCAACAGCCUGAACGAGCCUUUCCUCCUCUCAUGGAAUGGAAUCCAGCAGAGGAGGAAUUCCUUUGAGGAUGGAGUCUAUGGAACCACCUGCCCAAUCCCUCCAGGCAAGAACUUCACCUACAUCCUUCAAGUCAAGGACCAGAUCGGAAGCUUCUAUUACUUCCCCUCCCUCGCAUUCCACAAGGCUGCCGGUGGGUUCGGGGGCAUCAGGAUCCUCAGCCGGCCACUGAUACCGGUCCCAUUCCCGCCCCCUGCUGGCGAUUACACCGUCCUCAUCGGAGAUUGGUACAAGGCCAAUCACACGGAUUUGAGGGCCAUUCUUGACAAUGGUAAGGUGCUGCCAUUCCCUGACGGUAUACUCAUCAAUGGCCGUGGAAGCGGAGCUUCUUUCACUGUGGAACAAGGAAAGACCUACAGGCUUAGGAUAUCUAACGUGGGGUUGAUGAAUUCCCUCAACUUCCGCAUCCAAGGCCACAAAAUGGUGCUCGCCGAGGUAGAGGGUACACAUACGGUUCAAAACACUUACGAGUCGCUCGACGUGCACGUGGGCCAAUCGCUGUCAGUCCUCGUAACAGCUGACCAGCCAGGAAAAGACUAUUACAUCGUGGUCUCCUCUCGCUUCACCACACAAGUUUUGACCACAACAGGCGUCCUCCAUUACAGCAACUCUGCCGGCCCCGUCUCAGGUCCUGUUCCUGGUGGUCCGACAACCCAGAUCGACUGGUCCUUGAACCAGGCACGCUCUAUCCGGACGAAUCUUACGGCGAGUGGACCGAGGCCGAAUCCACAAGGCUCAUACCACUAUGGCAUGAUCAACACGACGAGAACCAUCAGACUUGCCAAUUCUGCUGGUCCUGUCAAUGGGAAACAGAGAUACGCGGUCAACAGCGUGUCCUUCAUCCCAGCGGAUACUCCUCUAAAGCUCGCCGACUACUUCAAGAUCGAUGGAGUUUUUCGUGUCGGGAGCAUCUCUGACAACCCUACAGGCAGCGGGAUAUACCUCGACACGUCGGUGAUGAGAGUUGACUACAGAGCCUAUAUCGAGAUCGUCUUCGAAAACAGUGAGGACACCAUACAAAGCUGGCACCUCAAUGGCUAUGCUUUCUUUGUAGUCGGUAUGGAUGGAGGACAAUGGACGCCGGCCAGCAGGAACCAGUACAAUCUUCGAGAUGGCGUCUCUCGUUGCACCAUUCAGGUGUACCCCAAGUCCUGGUCGGCUAUUUACAUUCCGCUCGACAACGUCGGAAUGUGGAACCUGCGAUCGGAGUCCUGGGCGAGACAGUACCUCGGGCAGCAAUUCUAUAUGCAAGUCUACACCACCUCGACUUCGCUGAGGGACGAGUACCCGAUUCCUAAGAACGCCAUUCUGUGCGGCAGGGCGAGCGGGCGGCACACGCGACCCCUCUGAGCAGCAGCAUAACGACAUCAGCAACAUAGAAAGAUAGUCCAUCAUUCUUCGGAGUCAUUCAUUAUGGACCUUAGAUCAUUCUAAACUUCAGAACGACCUCAGCUUAAGGUCGCAUUCUUUUUCAUGAUGGAAUCAUUUGUUCAAACUUUUUUAUGCCAAUAAAUUAAAUCAUGGGAAAAUUCCAAAUUAGGGA